CCCUGAAGCUGCAGGAGAGGAGGAGCAGCGCCCCACUGAAGGUGCAGGAGAGGAGGAGCAGCACCCCACUGAAGGUGCAGGAGAGGAGGAGCAGCGCCCCACUGAAGCGGCAGGAGAGGAGGAGCAGCGCCCCACUGAAACGGCAGGAGAGGAAGAUGGGUAUGAUUUAAGCUUGGAUGAAAUGAGAGCUUUGACAGUUCAGAGAGUGAGGUUUGCCAUGGGUCUACCUCUGUUAAAACGUGCAGUUCAGGAUCUGGCACAAAAAACAAAGAAUUUUGUCAGCCGAAGCCUUGUCCUAGGAGAAGUCCUCUCCAUGGCGGACAUGGCCACAGGAGUGAAGUGUGGAAUAGUUUAUUGGCUAUUUGGUGGUGCUAUCAGGAAUGUCGGAAGCCCUGAACAUGUUACUAAGUGGUUUCAGCCUCUCCAGGAGCAGAAAUACACUGGGAUAUUUGCAAUGACCGAGAGGGGCCAUGGGAGCAAUGUGAGAGGGAUCCAGACCGAAGCCACCUUUGACCUCUCUGCCCAGGAGUUUGUAAUUGACACACCCUGUGAAAAUGCUGAGAAAAUGUAUAUUGGAAAUGCCAUGUACGGGAAUUACGCAGCCGUCUUUGCCCAGCUCAUCAUAGAUGGAAGAUCUCAAGGGUCCCACUGUUUCAUCGUUCCUGUCCGGGAUGAAAAUGGGAGCUUUUACCCAGGAAUGACAGCUAUUGAUAGGAAGUACAAGGAGGGUCUGCAUGGUGUGGACAAUGGGAUUUUAAUAUUUGACAAGGUUCAGAUACGGGAGAACCUGCUGGAUAAGUUUGGUUCCGUGGCUCCAGACGGACAGUACCAUUCCCCUACGAGGAACAAGAGUGCAAGAUUCAGUGCCAUGCUGGCAGCACUGACCCCUUUGAGAUUAGCUGUGGCUUUCCAAGCUAUGGGUGCCAUGAAGGUAGUUGACUCUGAUUUUAAUUUAUUUACUGUGAAUUCUCUCGCGGCUCAGGGAUGAGUAACAAUUUCAGGAGCUGAGCUUCUCGAGCCACAGUUGGUAUAAUAUGGCCAGGGUUCCCAGUUAGAUGCUGGGGAGUGCCAGGUGGCCAUCCACAGGGAACAUUUCUACACCCUUCUUAAGAGGGGAUCCCGCCCAUCUACAUCCCAGAUGUGUGCUGCUCACCCUGGGGGUGGAACAUAGGCAUCGUGGUAAUAGAGCCAGGAGAGAUGACCAGGGAGAACGGGAUGUUCAGAGCAAACACAUUUGCUGGAGAAGCAGCUAAGGGUUGGCCCAUGUGUGCAAAGGUUGAUGUGUCUUGGCUGAAUUCAUCCGGGAGUGUUGAUCCUCAUGUGUCUGUAGAGGGCGUAAUGUUCUCCCAUCACAGUCUGGAGGCCAUGAGGCCAGACUUCCGGGAGCCAUCUCUGCCUCCCUGCCCUGACUCUCCCGUAUAUUGGUUUGGACAGAGGAGACUGGAGAGCAAAGCUCUGGAAGGGCCUCCUUCUCCUCCCCAGGGCCUCAGGCUACUUUGUUCUCUGGGCCUUCUCUGUCUCUCUGCAUGAAGGAAAAGUCUGCUUUAAGCUCCACUGAGCUUGGUGAAGCUGGAAGAAAAAUUAAGUCUCCCCAGGAAUAGACAUCUGGGGCUUGAGUCCAACUUUUCCAUCAAGAAGGAAUAAAUUUCAUUCACUUGACUCCAGGCCUGACAUCAGCCCGGAGUCGUCUGAAUAGCAGGAAAGCCCUUUACUUGCUUCGGUGUCGGCCACGCUUCACACAUGGCCUGCCCUGACCCAGGCUUCCCCUUAACGGUGCUUCCUGUGAGGGGCACAGCUGUGGCCAUCAGCAUGCGUACUCAGCCUGGCCUCCCGCCGGCCCGUGCACCCCAGUUCCUGUGCUUGUUUUGUGGUGGUUCUUUCAGUGAGGCCAGGUGGGUGUUCAGGUCUGAAGUCCCAUGUCAGGAGGGGCUCAGGACCCUUGGCUGAACCGUCUGAAAUUGAAUGGGGCCCCAGAGAGCCUUGCAAAGGCGUCAGCACAGACAGCAACAGAGUGCUGAGGAAAACUGGUUCCUCAGGUCUGCAGUCGAAGCCAUUUCAGCCAUCCUCAGGACUCCAGAGAGAGGCAAAAAUAGAAAAGCCAGACGAGCCUAGGAUUGCGUGGAAGGGAAGAUUGGUUAAACAUCAGAUGCAGGGUUAGCUGAAGCCGCGAUAGCAGUCUCUGCACAAUAUCCCCUCUAAUUGCAGUAGCCUGCAGACCGUCCUGACUCAGGGGCCCUCUGAGGAGAGUGCUGGGUGCAUAUAAAAAAACUCAUGGUGGACAGUGGCCAGGCAGGCUGCUGGGAAACCCCGCUCUUGUUGGUUUUGAUGGGGUGAUGAUGUGUGAAGGACGUCCACGCCGCCAGCAGCCCUGCAGGCUCAUUGAGGUCCACAGUGGGGUUGCGUGGGACAAGGCGUGGGGUGGUGCAGACCAGACCAGGCGGAGGUGGGAGCCUUCCAGGAGGGCUUUGGUUUUAAAUACCACCAGAUCUAGAGCGGGGUGGGGGUGGUGUCUCAGGGAGAGGAGCCAGAGUGAGUGAUUCCUAAAAGGUUCAUGUUCUCCUUUCUACUGGAUAUUAUCAUGGGCCAGCCCCUGCCAGGCCCAGGAGGGUCUUGGGGGCCACAUUCGCAUCAGUUCCCUUAUUGGUUUUCUGAUGUGCAGACUUCAUUCCUGGCAACACAGAGACGUGAUCAUGAUCACGGGCAGGAAAGCCCUGGGCUCAAGUCUCAUCCUGCCCAUGACCAGCAGUGGGGCUGUGAACAGGCCAUAGCGCUCCCUAGGGCUCAGUUUCUUCAUCUGUGAAAUGGGUCUUAGGAUGGUGGUGAGGCGUGACUGAAGGGUGUGUGUGCAGCGCUGGCCCAGUGCAAUGCUCCAUAGCUCGAGGCUGCUAUUUGUGGGAUGGUUGAUGCUGCCGCUGCUGCUGCUAUUACUGGGAGGACAGGAGUUGGCUAAAGGAAAGGAAGACAUGAGCAUUCCCAUGAAACAAAUACCUGGUAUCGUGGCCUCCAAGUAACAAGGCAAUAUGCAGUGUUUUGCAGAAAUGCAUAGCAUCCUUUGAAUUCCCAGGUGUCUGAAGCAAACCAUAGUAACCCGGAAUUAGUAUCUGCCCUGCCCAUCCAGACUUUGCCAGGCGAUGGGAUUGUCAGGCAGUGGGAAGACCCUGCACAGAGCUGAGCAGGGCUCAGACCCCGUGUGGUCCAGGCACCCUGCCGGACAGCGACCCGGGCCGCUGUGAUCUCAUCUCCAGCGUCUCUGGCGAGGAUGAUCUCACCCGCCCUCUUGGCAGCUCCUCCUCUCCUAUGGCUCAAACACAUGACAUAUGUUUUCCCGGCUGAAACCUAAGCUGGUCCUUCUCCUUCUGCUCUUGCUGAUGAGUGGAAAAAUGGAUCCAUUUCUCCUAUGUGCGUUCCUUGUGUAUUAGAAAACUGUCACCGCAGCUCCCCACAGUGACAUUCACUCAAGGCUGAGCGUGCCUGGUCAUUUUAAACUUUGCCCAAGUGUCAUAUUUUUUCAUGGUUCUCUUUCAUUUCCAUGGCAUUCCUCAGAACUUUCAGGUUUUCUCUUAAAGCCUUGCCGUCUUAACCAUCAUCUAAUUUGUGUCAGAAAUGCCAGGGCAAAUUCAAUGAUUACCAAGAACACAAGGAAAAGGAAGCGAAUGUGUUUGGGAGGGGAGGGAGUGGGGGCUUGGGAGACCUCUGCAGCCUGUGCCGGGAUGCUGGGAAGCCUUUUCAGAAGGAGGAGGAAGCUGGGGCACCUGAAAGAGUGAGCAAUGUAAAUGAGGUCUGGCCCACUUCUCUUGAUUUUGCACGGAGGUAAAUAUUUUUGCUAAGACAAGCUCCUCUUGUAAAUUUGGUGCUGCACAGUAGCUGGUUCCCACCCCCAGGAUGUGUGAUUCCGCAGCUCUGGGGUGGGGUGGAGAAUCUGCAUUUCUGGCUUCCUGGGUGACACUGCUGCUGUGGGCUCUGCUCCUUGAGACCCCUGCACAGAACACAUGGAUGUGGUUGUGAAGUAUCAGCACUGUCUCAGCCUGCUUGUCACCCUCUGGGUCCCCAGGAUCAAGGCCCAAGUUCUGUUCCUAUAUCCAGGAUCCUUCAUGACCCCUCACUGUACCGCCUCUCUCCAUUGGCCUCUGUCGCUCUGGCCUCAUUUCCGUCUCUCCCCUGUGCCUCUGCGGGAGGGGGCUCACCCAUGCCGCCGUCCUGCUGGAGCUGCCCUCCUUUUGCAUGGGUAAUUUUCAUGUACAUUUCAGAGCUUGUAUGACUGUCCCCACUUUGGAAAGGCCUCAGCCUGCGUGUGGUUCCUCUGUCACCUGUUUCCAAGGCACUGGACUGCCCACUUGCAGCAUGUAUUACAACUCAUGAAUGUAACAACUCAUGUGUAAUAGAUGGGCUGGGUCUCCUUCACUAGCCUAAAAGCUCCAUGCAGCCGGGGCCCUGCCAGCCUCAUCCACUGCUCUGUGCUCAGCUUCACACACAGGGCUGGGCACAUAGUAGACACACAGCAAAUAGGAGUGGAAAGAGUGAAUGAGGUCUGAAUCAGGAUUCACAUCCAAAGCCCCUGGCAUAGCUCUUAGCAGAGGGAAGCCCUCAGUGCCUGUUGGUUCUUGUGCUCCCACAUUCCGACCCCCACUUCCGGGUCCACGUUGAGUGGGGAGGAGGAUAUUGCUGCCUCUUUGAUCUAACUCCACGUGGCCCUUCUGUCCAGAAUCAGGAAUCUUCUUUCUUUCUUCCUCUCUGCCCCAGACACUGCUCCCCGUAGUAUGUGCUUCAUGUGUACGCACUCGUGCCUUGUGCUGCAAUCAGGCGCUGGGGUUGUGCUCACCUACACUUGGCAGUGUGGCCCUGGUGGUCUGGGAGUGUGCCCAGGGCUGGGGCUGCAGAGUCACGUGCAGCGGCUGAGCUUCGGGGCUGCAUGCUGAGUGCAGCCAGCAUUCUGGGCUGUCUUUUCAGGCACGUGGGUGCUGGGCGACAGACAACUCAGCCAGUCCUCGGGACCUGAACGACCAUCUCCAAGUGGUACAGGUGCUGUAUGUGAGAUAGGGGUAGCUUUUCCCAGCCCCAGGAGCUUCGGGGAGAGCAAAGGGAAGACACUGGCUUCAGGGGAUUCUCAGAACCGGCGAUAGACACAAUCUUUUCCUACAGUGUGCAUUGUUGGGUGUAAGUGAAGAGUCUCAGCAAGGCGCGGGGGAGUCUCUCCCUCCUGUUGAUGGGGGUUUGAAAUGGGAUAUUGCAUCCUUGAGUAACCCUUUUGUGACCUUCUGACCGCAAGGGUUCAUGGAAGAUUUGAGCAAUGGAGAGGAGGUUGAGGGCAUCUGAGUCCCCUUGAGAGCCAGCAGGGGUUGGUCAGUGGCCAGCGUGGCCCCUUCUCACUGCGCAGGGAGUGGUGGUGUGGCUCUGUGGGCCGUGCUGCGUUAGGUGAGCACAGCAGGCUGCAUGCGGCCACUGCUGUGGGGUCUUGCUUGGGAUUGCCCCAUCACCCAAGCUCUGACACAGCUCCAGAGAGGUCCUGAUGUCGAUGUCCUCACCGGGGUGUCUGGCUCCUGGUCAUCCGGCUCUCCACCACUCUGCCUGUGUGCUUCCGCUACUGGCUGGGGCUGGGGCAGAUUAGCAGGUGUCAGAGUGUGACAUUCUAUCCGUCCUAAUGGCCACAAACCAGGUGCCAUGACACUUCCUCCUGCGCAGAAGGUUACUCAACCUCCUCACAUCAAUCAUCUCAAUGUUUGUGGCUAUUGCCGUAACACCAUCAGGCUUUUGUCUGUUUUCUUUUUGCUUGGGGAUCACCUACUUUUAUUUUCUUCUGGAAUCACUUUGUGUUCAUCUGUUCUUGUCAUAGGUUGAUCUCAUUUUGUAUCAUUACUAACACAACCUUUAGUGGGCAGGGAUUGUUUUCUUAUUUAGUCUCUGCAAGGCCUAAUAGAGCCCUACAUGUCAUGGAAAUCAUUUUACUCUUCUAACCGUCCUUCCAUCUAUUGCCUGUUCAUCCACCCACCUGUUCAUCCACCUGUCCGUCUGUGUCCAUCCACCUCUCCACCCACUCACCCAUUCACCCACCACUCAUCCAUCCACCCAUCCAUC